UUUUUGUGUGAUUAUCGAGAGCAAAUCAAAAAUCUUUUCGGACAUUAAAAUGGCUAAUACAGAUAAUACAACUUUAAUUACUAAUUUGUGUACUACAAAGUUUGCAAUAUUAAAAUGGCUUCAAAUGCUUUGUUACAUUAUUAUUGUAUUUUUCCUUAUUGAUGGACAUAGACAAUGGGGAAUAUACACAUUUAUGUUUAUCUGUGCGAUCAUUUUUGGCAUUUUAUGUUUGGCUACAUUACUCAUAAAUUAUUUUCUCUCUCAACCUCGUGCUACUCAUCAAAAGAUUGAAAUUACCUUCAAUGUUAUUGCAUUAAUUUUUUGCCUCAUAUUUUUUGGCAUUCUGGCGGUUGAUUAUGCAAAAAUGAAUUCUGGCAAUUAUAAUUUCCACAAAUAUUUGCCUCCGCCUAAUAUUGGAAAAGAGGGUUGGCGAAACAGAAUUCUUGUUGUUCUGAUUACUGAAGCUCUAACUGCAAUUCUCCAUGGACUUUCGAUUUUCGGAAUUAAAAAAUAA